CCCAGCGUUCUCAAGCUUCGCUCGAGCCAUGGUGGAUCGCACUGCCUACACUAGCGAGUCGGCGACGCCGAAGCUCAACCUCCGCCAGAUCUUCGGUCGGCAAGGGCUCGAUACCGGGCUAUGCCGACUCUCGGCGGACAAGGGACUGCUCAGGGUGGAGAUGUUCGCGAUGUUGGGGCAAGAUCUGUCGUCCGCGAAGGAGACUCUCAGGAAGCUCUGGGAGGCCGACAUGACCCCGCUCGGGGCGGAUGCUGCCAGUCAAGAGCUAUCGGUCAUGUCAUUAGCGGCGGUGUGGCAGGCAGCUCAGGGUCCACCCCGACGUCAUCCUGAUCGACGCCAGAGAGCCCGUCUCUCGCGCGAUUUCCUCAUCCACGGGAUCGUGCCAUUCUACGAGCCGGCCGAGAUCAGGACUCGAGCCGAUGUGAUCGUGGUAAAGUCGGGACUCUCGAGGAAUGCCGAGGAUCUUCUGUCCAUAUCAAGGGCCGAUCAGCCCGAGCCGGUGACGGACGUUACCACGCUGUUCAACAGGCUCCAUGCGUUCUUCAUGGCGCUCGAGUACUUGAACAUCUGUGCGUUCUCGCGUACGGAAGGUCCUCUCAAGUACUUGCAGGAGUUGGAGCGGUUCCGUUCGGAGUGCCCAGGCCUUCCCUUCCUGAUGGCGGCAGAUCGGGCGAUCCGGAAGAAGAUCUACCGACUCCUCUCGGAGCAGAGGGCAACGUACACGGCGUUCUCGCAGGCUCUGAUCGAGGUGCUCAAUAACCACAAGUACUUGUGGAACGAUGCGAGGACCAGUGCUACGUUGUCAAAGGUCGACUACAAUCGUCAGCAGCUCGCUACAAACCCUGAUCAGGUGCAGGAAGAUCCUCCUCCCGUUCCGCAUAAUCCCUGCAAGCGCACUCGCGCGGGGCAGAAGAAGAAGAAGAAGCGGAACCAGACGGCUGGGAAAGAGGAGACGCCCUCCAAGAAGGUCGCCAAGGAGGACCCCGAUAAGAAGCCGAAGCGGGACGAUCGUAUCCCAGAGAAGGAGUGGAAGUUGAUCGCUGAAGCGGCCAAGAAAGUACAGGGCGCUCGCCGAUGCCACUACUUCAACUCGUCGCUCGGCUGCGUUUCAGGGGAUAAGUGUAGGUUCAAGCAUCUGUGCAUGGUCUGCGGAGAAACGCACUCCAUGAUCGGCAACCAAUGA